AUGGGGCCUGGCCGAAUGGCGGAGUGUGCGGAAAACUUACCCCGGCCGGAAGACUACCUCACCAUCAACGGCUUUCGUUUCGUGAAGCCCUACCACUUUGACUUCAGCUGCUCCGUGAAGCAGAGAUGGGGUGGACAGGCGCUACUGGAUGUCUUCUCAAAGGAGUUUCCGGCCAGGUCGCGCGACUACUACCGGGCUGCCAUAGAGCAGGGUCGCCUGCGCCUGGAGGGCAAGCCCUCCUCCCCCGACACCAUCCUGGCGCCAGGUCAGCGCAUGCGUCACGCCAUCCACCGCCACGAGCCGCCCUGCCUGGGGGGCGACAUCCCCGUACUCGGCGUCACCCCCGGCCUGGUGGCGGUCGGCAAGCCCGCCGGCAUGCCCGUGCACGUGUCCGGGCAGUACCGCAAAAACACAGUGCUCGGGGUACUGCAGGCGCACCGCACCGAUCUGGGACCACUGCAUCCUUGCCACCGCCUCGACAAGCCCGUGUCUGGCGUGCUCAUCUUCGCCCGCAGCCCCGCCGCGGCUGACGCCCUGCGCCUGCAGAUAGAGGCGGGCAGCGGGGGAUGGGGGGGUGGAGGAGCGGGAGCCCACGAGGUGUGCAAGGUCUACGUGGCGCGGGUGAUGGGGCGCUUCCCCGACACCCCGGACCCCCUGGUCGUAGACGUGCCACUGUCCUGGGACCAGAAGCGCAACCACGUGACGGCCUGUCCCGGAGCGGCUGCCGUGGGGGAUGCAGACUCCGACCUCGAACGGGGCGGCGGCGCUGCGCAGGCGCCGGUGCCGGAGGCUGGUGCGGCGAACAGCCAGCCCUCCCCCCCACGCGACGGCGCCGAGGAGGACGUGGCGGCGCGCGCGGCGCGGCGGCAUGCCUUCCGCGCCCAGCGUCGCGAGCGGGCGAGGGCCAAGCAGGAGGCGCAGGCGGCGCAGGCGGCCCGCGCCGCGGCCCCCGACUUCCACAUCAAGGCGGCCAAGCAUGCCGUGACUGAGGUUCGCCUGCUGGGCGUCGCGCCGGACGGACAGACCAGCCUUGUGGAAUGCAGGCCGCGGACGGGGCGAACCCACCAGAUCCGGGUGCACCUGCAGCACGUGGGCCACCCCAUCGCCAAUGACGCACAGUACGGGGGCCGGUACGCGGGGCCCCUGGCCAGCCGUGUCAUGGCCGCCGCGCUGGGGGUGGCCUGGGACCAGAUGCGGGCGGCCGCCGGCAUCCCCGCCUGGCAGCCGGACGGCGGCCCAGCGGGGCCAGGCACGGUGAGCGGAGGCGAGGCGGGUCCUGAGCCGGCGAGUCGUGGCGUCAGAGGGUCUGACGCAUCGAGCGACGGCUGGGUAGCGCCGGAGGCGUCGAGUGGCGACGCGGCCGCCACCGCGUCCAAGAGGCCGCGAGUGGCGGCAGGGAACCUGGGAGCGGCCGAUGCAAGGGGCGCCGACGCCUUCCCCAUCAGAGAGCCGCCACAUCUCCAGGCAGCCUUUGGCUCUGCACGCAAUGCAGACGCGUACGCGCAGAACCAGGCCUUUCGCCAGGGAGAAGACUACAGGGCGCCGGAGGGGAGCCUGGACGACAGCUGUCCGCACUGCCCAUACCUGGCUCCCAUGGACUACCCCCUGGACCUGCGCCCGCUCUGGCUCCAUGCCCGCUCCUACGCCUGCGCCGAGUGGGAGUUCGAGGCCCCGCUGCCUGACUGGGCGGCCGCCGACUACUGCCCAGAUGCGCAUCGCCAGGGUGCUGGAACAUGA